AUGGGCAGCUCCUGGAACAGCAGCGACAGUGACGAGGGCGCGCGGGAGCCUCCAUGGGCCACGCGGCUGCCCUGCGACGAGCACCGCUGCUCAUCCUUUCCCCUGAGGGCACUGGUGCCGGUGACCGCUGUGUGCCUGGGCCUGUUUGUCAUCGGUGUAUGCGGCAAUGUAGUGACGGUACUGCUGAUUGGGUGCUACCGGGAGAUGCGGACCACCACCAACUUGUACCUGGGCAGCAUGGCGGUGUCUGACCUACUUAUCCUGCUCGGGCUGCCCUUCGACCUGUACCGCCUCUGGCGCUCGCGGCCCUGGGUUUUCGGGCCGCUGCUUUGCCGCCUCUCUCUCUACUUGGGCGAGGGAUGCACCUAUGCCACACUGCUGCACAUCACGGCACUCAGCGUCGAGCGCUACCUCGCCAUCUGUCGCCCUCUCCGAGCCCGCGUUGUCAUCACCCGGCCCCGAGUCCGCGGGCUCAUCGCAGCCCUCUGGGCCGUGGCGCUGAUAUCCGCUGGGCCAUUCUUCUUUCUGGUGGGCGUUGAGCAGGACCCAGGUGUAAACGCAUUCUCAGACCUUAACAGCACCACGCAGCUCACCCCCUCACCACGCGCCUCACCACCACCUACUGCGUCGCCCCUCAGGUCCUCUCGAGUGCUGCUGACUCUAUCCCCGCUGUCGUGGCACCAGGCAGCCGAGGCCGCGGUGCUGUUCAGCCGCGAGUGCCGGCCGAGUCCUGCCCAGCUGGGUGCGCUGCGUGUUAUGCUGUGGGUCACCACCGCCUACUUCUUUCUGCCCUUCCUGUGCCUCAGCGUCCUUUACGGACUCAUCGGGCGGGAGCUGUGGAGGAACCGGGGGCCGCUGCGUGGCCUGGCCGCCUCUGGGCGGGAGAGGGGCCACCGGCAGACGGUCCGCGUCCUGCUGGUGGUGGUUCUGGCAUUUAUAAUUUGUUGGUUGCCUUUCCACAUUGGCAGAAUCAUGUACAUAAAUACAGAAGAUUCUCAGAUGAUGUACUUUUCUCAGUACUUUAACAUUGUUGCAUUGCAACUUUUCUAUCUAAGUGCAUCCAUUAACCCAAUCCUCUACAACCUCGUUUCAAAGAAGUAUAGAGCUGCGGCUUGGAAACUACUGCAGUGGAGACAGUCCACACAGAGAAGUUUCAUUAGAAGGAGAAACACAGAGGGGACUACGGGAGGAAACGCAGCUGGCUACACCUACACCAUCAUCAGCAUAUCGAUGCCUGCCACAAGCAAGUCCGACCAAAUUGUGUCCUCCCACAGCUCUGGGACUUCAGAGAAAACAGGUCUGUAGGGCAUAGGACUGAAACCGGGAACUAAUGCUGUUGGGAGGAAUUAGAAGGUGGUUGAUAUUUAGCAAAUUGGCCAGUAACUUUGUCAGCAUGAUUGUGUUUCAACCUAGGUACAAAAAGAAA